AUGUCAAGUCUUCUUCCAUCAUCAACAUCUCAAAUUAAUGCAAAUAUUAAUAAUGGUAAUAGUACAAUGCAACGUUCAGCAGUCAAUAAUGCAGCAGCAGAUGCAUUACGAAAAAAAAUGCAACAAUUACGCGAUGAACUUGAAUUAAUCAAAGAUGAUUUAGAACGUGCACGUAAAGAUUAUGAAAAAGAACGAAAUGCACGAGAAAUUGCUGAAGCUGAAGUUAGUCAAUUAGCACGUAAACUUCAUUCAUUUGAAGAACAACUUGAACGUACAGAAGAACGAUUAGUACAAACAACAACUAAACUUGAUGAAGCAUCGCAUACAGCUGAUGAACGAGAACGAACAAGAAAAAUGUUAGAAAAUCAAUUAAAUCUUGGAAGUGAUCGUUCCGAAAUGCUUGAAAUUCAAUUAAAAGAAGCUCGUGCACUUGCUACUGAAUCCGAUAAAAAAUAUGAUGAAGUAGCACGAAAACUUUUAAUACAAGAAAAUGAACUUGAAAAAGCUGAAGAUCGAGCUAAACGAUCAGAAAUGAAAUGUGUUGAUUUAGAACAUGAAAUGAAAAAUCUUCAUCAUCAAUUAAAAUCAUUUUUAGCACGUAUUGAUGAUGCUCAAACUAAAGAACAAAGUUAUGAAGAUCAAAUUCGUCGUCUUUCUGAACAUUUAAAAGAUGCUGAAACACGUGCGGAAUAUUCUACCAAACAAGUACAACGACUACAGCGUGAAGUUGAUCUACUUGAAGAAGAACUACAAGGUGAACGUGAUCGUUGUAAAAUUCUACAAAAUGAAAUGGAACGUUGUUUUUCUGAUUUACAAUUACUUUAA